CUCUCGUCCUGCUCAGUCUCCUCUUGCCAUUUUCCCUUUGUCAUCAUUCCCUCGAGACUCGACUCGAGAAGUGAGAGAGCAAAUACUUUUGGAUUUUGAUUAAUGGCGAUGACUUAGACUACGCUCCAGAUCCUAUCUCUCUUUCAUACCGCCAGCUCUCUUUCUCUCCUUCUUCCCCUCUUUGUGUAUAUAUGUGGAUGUUUAUUAUAUGUAUUCUCUCUCUCUCUCUCUCUCUCGUUUAUGCGUGCUUGAUAGAUGCGGGAACUUGAGAAUCUGAAACAAAGACGAUUCCAUUUUUAAGCACCUGAAUCGGCUCUACUUUUUUUUCUUUGAACAAUUUGGCUUUGGGCUCUUAUCGUUUGCAUGGAGUAUUGGAGAAUUUCAGCAGAUGAGUCGUCUUCCAGGUCUGAUUACGCUCAGGUUGCUCUCGUUGAUUUGAAGAGGAAGGGUUCUCGUUAGUUUCCGGUUUUAUGCAAUCUUUUUCAAUUCUGGUUAUUAUCGAUGUUUUCUCUGCGGUUAUGGAUUCAUAGUUUUUGUAUAUGGUGAAGUGAGCUGUCUUUGUUUCUACAUAGGGAAAAUAUAGAUUUCUAGUUCAAUUUCUAGAAAUUUUUAGAAGAAGCAUGUUAUCAGAAUCUUUUUGUUCAAGUUUUCUUCUUGCUUUGCCCGACGACAUAGUUGCUAUUAUAUCCCGAUCUCUUUCGUUAAGGGAUUUAUGUAAUCUCAGCCUAUGCUGCCGGAGUCUAUGUGCCCUUGUGAACUCUGAAAAGGUUUGGCUCUCUCAAUGUGAAACCGUAGGAAUUGUUCCAAAUAAGGACCUUAUUGAAUGGCGAAAGGGUGUCUCGUCCUACAGGGCUCUUUGUCGAUUUCUUCUUAGUGUUAAACCAUUAAUAGGGAUUUGGGUUCACCAAAAUCCCGAACUUGGGAAUGUAGUAUAUGUAAUGCCUGGUUUUGUUUCGGUUGUUGGGUGCCGGAUAAUCCCACAAGAGCUUGGUCCAUUGGGAAUUGAUGAUGGCCCCAUCCUGUGGGCACCUGUGUUUGAAAUUAUUGGUGAUUUUGAUGGUGCAACCACAUUUUUUCUUCAUGGAAGAGAUAAAGGAUAUGACUACUUUUAUCCUGGUUCUGUGAAGGCUAUUGAGAAGAAUUGCAAUGUCUUACUGCUUGAAGUUGAACCAAAGCAACAGAGGAAUGGGGGGAAGUUGAUGCAUGGUAAAAGCUAUGUUAAUCUGUUGGAUAGUGAGACAUCAAAAAAGAUUUGUAGGUCAGAUAGCGGAUUGUCAAGGUCACAAAGGGUAUUAGGACAAAAUGAGGCUACAGUACCUUUCAGCAGGUUAGGUUUUAGUGACAGAAGAAAGUUACUUGAGCUUGUCACUAAGCAAGUUCGGUUAAAGGUUCCUGACACAGCAAUGGGGCCACUCUUUCCUCAUUUGAGGGAUAAUGCAGACAACUUUUGGAAAGAUAUGGUGCUCUUGUUGCAAAGAAGAUUGGCGCUACUACAAAUGUACAAGCAUGGUAAUGAUUGCAUUAAUGGGAAUCCAGGUCAGGACGAACCUGGGCUGCCUUCUGAUCCUACACAAUUGGAACUCAGUAUGAUAAGAAAGAGUUUUGAUUAUUUGAGUAAUUCUGGUAAUUCCCCCAAUGGAGAUGAUUGUCAGACACAGAGCACCAAGAUGAAAACUCUUGGUGAUUACUUAAGAAGUAGCAUCAAACAAUUCCUAGGAAAGUCUGUAUCUAGCCGGGGAAUUUUAAAGAAUAGUUCUUCUAGCAGUGAGAGUAGGCAGGCACUACUCCAUGAAUUUUUGAUGUCAGGUGAUACGGCAGGGCUUACAUUGCACGCCUCUACUACAAAGUUAUCUUCAUAUCGAGCAUGGCCUAACAUGCAUGACACUCGUUUUGCCCUUUACAAGUUGCCAAUGCAUGUCCCAAAAGAAGACCAGGUGUAUGCUGGGUUAUGGGGAGGGACUUUUGGUUGGCCACCUGGGAGGCCUACAGAAGACAAGCCCGGGAAGGCUCUAUUCUUUCUUUUGCUCUCUUAUGAUGAAUCCCAGGGGCAAAGGUUUCUGAUUGCAACCAAAAUAUUGGAAGGUACUCAUUAUGUUCUGCACCCAAAUGGGUCAGCAAUGUUCAUAGUGAAUAUUGAUGAACCUUCCCAAGAGCCAUUUCCCUGGGACACUGAUGCAGACUCAAUUCCUGUGAUUGUUGAACAUGCUUUCAAUGGGGAGGGCAUUGCAAAUGGCUAUGGUUUCAGAUAUCCUGGCUCAAAACCUGGUUCUCUCUUUGUUAUUCAAAAUGGUCUACUUGUCUUCAUUUGGAAGGAAUCAAGGUCAGUCUUGACCCUGCAGAGACUUAAUUUGGAAGAGCUUUUGAAGAAAGGCGAACAAGUGCCUCCUUUACCUCCAGUUGCCAACUUUUCAUAUUUAACAAAGUCAUACUCAAAUGUGUUUGCUGGUUUCUCCAAUGCGUCAACUUGUUUGUCUUCAGCAAGGCAAAAGCUUGCUUAGGCUGAUUUCUUGAUGGUUAAAAUGACAGCUCUAAAAGUUCCUGUUGCAAAGCUAUUACUCCAAACUCUUGUAUUACUUUUGGAACUUGUUACCUGCUUCAGAUGGUUUGAGAGUAAUGGAUCAAUUAACCAUGUUCUUAGUGAUGGAUUGUGUCCCACUUAAAGCACAUGAAGGUUGAGGUAACUUCUUUUGUACUUGUAACUAUGUGUUGAUGGAACCUAGAACCUAGAUAUUCAUAUGAUAACAAGCCUCAUCAAAGAAGCAUCCCCAUCAAAGGUACCUUUAAUAGCUCAGUGAGGUUUUUUUACAUGAGAAAAAGCACACAUACGGUCGUACAAAAUUUGUAAUAAACAAUUACUGUGCAUUUGAGUUAAGGAAUUUGGUAUUUCAGAUUAUUUUUCUGGCGUAUCACAUAGUAUUUUAUUAUUAUUAUUUUCAUUUGGAGUCCUUUGGAUAUUGGAUAAACAUGUAUUAGUUAAUAUAUUGAUUUGAAGGGUGCAA